AUGUUAUGCUAUGGUUCCUCAAUUAUAAUUGACGAUCAUCACCAUGAAUACAAAUUAUUAGAAAAUGGUAAUGUAAAUAUUAAAGAUCAAGAGGACGAAGAGAAUAGUGUUCAUGAGAUUGAUUGGCAUUAUAAAUCAACUACGGUAUACUGUUUUGUUAUAAUAUUGGGUGGUUAA